GGAGAUUUUACGGUACAAAUGGCGUGCGUUGUUUGAAACGGUCGGAUCAAGAGACUCGUGCAAAAAUUGUUUUUUUCUCACAAAUUUUCCUUUAUUUUCCCAUAAUUAGUGUUGAAAUCUGUUGCAUAGUUAGUGUACAAUCAAAUUACUGAAAAAUAUCACGAGUUUAACUUAGUGGAGAGCAGAAAAUAAAGAGUAUCGAUUCAGUGUCUUGGCGUCAGCAUUAUUUUUAAAUAAUUAUAUCUGGGAACGAUGUCAGAACAACCAGAUCUCUCUCUCCUGGCUCUAUUUGAUGAUCUCACGCGAUGUACUUCGGUGCUGACGGAUGGGGCGUCAGAUGAGAUCUUCUUGGCCUUUCUGAAAUCCUACCAAGAUGUCAAGAGAGCUUUUUGUCAUGGAACAGAAGAGAUUCAGCGUUUGCAGCAGGAGCUGGACGAUGCCCUGACCAAUAUAUCCGACCUGGAGACAAAGCUCAACAAUGCGAGGCGUCUGCAUGAUCUAGAAAACCGGAUGCGCAAGAAGGCGGAAAACGAGCGCGACGAUUUGGAGCGAAAGAUGCGCAUUUGUAGGGAACUUCUCAUGAAGGACGGCGAUGCCCGUGACGAUGAGACCCGUAGUAAGUUAGCUUUUCUCAAUUCUCCACGUCGCCGGCGCUCCUUCUUCGGCGAGCACACUAUCGACGAAGAAGAGGGUGCUGGACGUCUGGGCUACGGAAAUACCACGGGGUCUCUGCUAUCGGACAUGUCAGUGACUGUGUCCGAGGAGGAUUUCCUGGACCACCAUGAGAAGGCCCAGAAAAGGACAAAGUCGCGUCGGUCUGAUGCAAAUGCGUCGCUCGGGAAGCGUUUCCGUCUGAGCUCAGAUGCCAGGCAUCGCAGCUCCCAUCGGGCCAUGGAGAUUGACGCCACAGACAAGAUCGUGGCGUCAACCAAAGUCACAGUGCCUCAGAGUGGCGAUGGACCCAUUGUGGCAGAAUCCGUGAUUGAAGCCAGGCCAUCAAUGGAAGGACAAAAUGAGGAAAAGCCGGCAGAUGAGGAGAGAUACAUAACUCCAAGAAAAGGGAAAUCCCCAUCGCGCCGAGUGAAGCCAUUGGCACCCUCUGCUCCACCCAUGGAGGAUCUCACGUCACUUGAGGAAGUUGGAGGUGCCACUGGACGCAAGGAUCACGAAGAAGUGGUCUAUGCCACUGUGCACAAACAGGCCACUCCAUCUAGCGUCCAGAGGCAGCAUAACUUCAUUUCGCGCACAUAUUUCGGCACGGAAUUCUGUGCUCAAUGUGGAAAGCGCGUUCGUUUCGGAGGAAUGGUGAGUAAGUGCAAGGAUUGCCGAGUACUCGUCCAUGCUGAUUGCGCCAUCAACUACACUGCCUGCUGUGUGCCACCGUCGGCAGGAGGACGCGACGGUAAGGGUACCAUUAGCAAUUUGGCUCCAAUUCAGGGUCCAAUGGUGCCACCGUUGAUUGUCCAUUGUGUCAAUGAGAUUGAAGCCAGGGGUUUGACGGAAGUUGGGAUUUAUCGGAUUUCUGGGUCAGACAAAGAGGUGAAGGCGCUCAAGGAGAAAUUUUUGCGUGGAAAAGGAGUUCCUCAGAUCAACAAUGUGGACAUUCAUGUACUGUGCUGCACUGUUAAGGAUUUCUUGAGAUCUCUGCCGGAUCCAUUGAUGCCCAGGGCACAGUGGAGCGAAUUCAGCAAUGCUGUACAGAAUACCAAUCCAGAAAAAGUUCAGUCAGAGCUGUUUGAGGCCAUUGAGAGGAUGCCUCAAGCCAAUCGUGAUACUCUGGCCUUUCUCAUUCAACACUUCCAGCGCAUUGCUCAAGUGCCAGAAAUUAGGAUGCCAAUUGGGAAUAUUGCCAAGGUCUUUGCACCCACAAUUGUUGGCAAUUCCGGUGCAGACGUCAACAAUCAUCAUGCAAUUCUGGCUGAGAUUGGUAUUCAGGUGAGCAUCAUGGAGGCCCUGCUGAAUAUUCCAACUGAAUACUGGAUGCGCUUCGUAAUGUACGAAUCCACAUCAGAUGACAUGCCCAAGAGAACACCCUCGAGGUAUGCUGUAUCACCAAUCCGGAAGCCACGCAAGGAGAAGUACUUCGAUACUCCGCCCUACAAUCUCAAAAGGAAGUAAUGGAAACAUAUUUUUUUCACGCGAGUGUUGUAUUUUUCUUUUUUCUUAACUUUUUCAUUUGUAUUACAAAAUCUCAAGCGCACAUUUUCUCCUCAAAACUAUCUCAUUUAUUAAGAAACUGUUGAAUUCGUCAAAAGAAAGAGACACAUAUUCCCAUGUCCUCAUGCGAAUUUGUACAUGUAAUCCAUGCUGGAGUCCAUGUGAUUCUCCUCUUGAGUGGCAGGAGGACGAUUUGUACGGCAGCCAGACUCAAGAUGUGAGUCCAGAUGCCCCAGGAGGCUGCUAAAGCUGUAGUCGUGCAUAUUCUCCUCCAGCCACUUGCUAUCACUCGAUUCUCGAACCAUUCGCAUGGGGCUCAUGGGAGGAGUGGCCGAAGGGAUAAAGCCUGCAGAGUAAAAAUUGCCAAGUGAAUUUUUUUUAUUCUGUUUCACAUAGGAAAGUCUUUAAAAGAUCUUUCUUGCUUCUGCAAAAUGCCACUAAUUUUAGUAAACUAAUGAAUUAUAUAUGUAGUCAUUUUGUUUUUUAUAAAUGCUGUAAACAUUAGAUUUUUCAAUAAAAAAAAUGAAAUAUAGAAAAAAA